AUGUUGUCAAAUUAUAUUAUUGAUGAAACUGUUGCAUGGCUAAUAGAAAAAAUUGCUACCAGUAAUAAUCUUCAAGUUAGUAAUAUACUACAACAAAAAAUUCUAUCUGAUAUUAUUAUUCGAACCAAUCCUGAAGAAUAUAUGAAUUCAAAUGAAAUAGUUUAG